GAGGCAGGGGACCCCUCCCCAUCCCCGGCCAGCCUGCAGCCCCCCAGCCCGGCUGGGGAGCCGGACUGCUCCCCAGGAAAGAUGCUGAGGAUGUGGUGGGCGUCAGCCCUGCUCUGCCUGGUUGGCCUGGGCAGCAGCAGCAGCAGCAGAGACAGCCUCGCUUCGAAAGUCAACAAGCACAAGCCGUGGAUUGAAACCUCAUACCAUGGUGUCAUAACGGAGAACAACAAUACUGUCAUUCUGGACCCACCGCUUGUUGCUUUGGACAAGGAUGCACCCGUCCCUUUUGCAGGUGAAAUUUGUGCUUUUAAAAUCCACGGACAGGAAAUGCCCUUUGAAGCCGUAGUGUUAAACAAGACAUCUGGAGAAGGUCGACUUCGAGCAAAAAGUCCGAUUGACUGUGAACUACAGAAAGAGUAUACAUUCAUCAUCCAGGCAUAUGACUGUGGCGCAGGUCCUAGCGGAGCAAACUGGAAGAAAUCUCACAAGGCGGUGGUGCACAUCCAGAUCAAGGAUGUAAAUGAGUUUGCUCCAACCUUCAAGGAGAUGGCGUACAAGGCCACAGUGACCGAAGGAAAGAUCUAUGACAGCAUCCUGCAAGUAGAAGCUAUGGAUGAAGACUGUUCUCCACAGUACAGCCAGAUAUGCAAUUAUGAAAUUGUCACCACUGAUAUACCAUUUGCCAUUGACAGAAAUGGAAAUAUCAGAAACACGGAGAAGUUAAAUUUUGAUAAGCAGCAUCAGUACGAGAUUAUGGUCACUGCUUUGGACUGUGGCCAAAAGCGUGCAGCCGAAGAUGUCUUGGUCCAAGUUGAUGUCAAGCCAGUUUGCAAGCCAGGGUGGCAAGACUGGAUCAAGCGGAUUGAGUACAAACCUGGAUCUGGAAGUUUACCUUUAUUUCCUAGCAUUCACCUGGAAACAUGUGAUGGGCUGGUAUCCUCCAUCCAAAUCACCAUUGAGCUGCAGACCAACGACAUUGGAAAGGGCUGUGAUCGGGAGACAUACUCUGAGAAAUCCCUUCAGAAAUUAUGCGGAGCCUCAUCAGGGGCCAUCGAUCUAUUGCCUUCCCCCAGCACAGCUGCCAACUGGACCGCAGGGCUUCUGGUAGACAACAACGACAUGAUCUUUAAAUUUGAUGGCAAACAAGGAGCCAAAAUCCCUGAUGGAAUAGUCCCGAAGAAUUUAACCGAUCAAUUUACCAUCACGAUGUGGAUGAAGCACGGCCCCAGUCCUGGAGUGAGGGCAGAGAAAGAAACCAUUCUCUGCAAUUCUGACAAAACAGAAAUGAACCGACACCACUAUGCUCUGUAUGUGCAUAAUUGCCGCCUUGUGUUUCUUUUACGGAAAGAUUUUGACCAAGCUGAUACUUUUCGGCCCGCGGAGUUCCACUGGAAACUUGAUCAGAUCUGUGACAAAGAAUGGCAUUACUAUGUCAUCAAUGUGGAAUUUCCCAUCGUGACCCUAUAUAUGGACGGAACAACAUACGAGCCUUACCUGGUGACCAACGAUUGGCCAAUUCACCCAUCCCACAUAGCUAUGCAGCUCACGGUCGGCGCUUGUUGGCAAGGAGGUGAAGUCACGAAACCCAGAUUUGCUCAGUAUUUUCACGGCAGCCUUGCUAGCCUCAUUAUCCGGCCAGGCAAAAUUGAGAGUCAGAAAGUGAUUUCCUGUUUGCAGGCCUGCAAGGAAGGCCUGGAUAUUAAUUCUCUUGAGAGUCUUGGCCAAGGAAUAAAGUACCACUUCAACCCGUCCCAGUCUGUUGUUGUCAUGGAAGGAGAUGACAUUGAGAAUAUAAAUCAAGCUCUUCGAAAGGUCUCAUAUAUCAACUCCAGACAGUUUCCUACUGCAGGUGCACGGCGGCUGAAAGUCUCAUCUAAAGUCCAGUGCUUUGGGGAAGAUGUCUGCAUUAGUAUCGCAGAUAUAGACGCCUAUGUAGUGGUGCAUCAGGCCAACGAGCCCAAGAUUACAAUAAGUGGAAUGGACCACUUCGCUCGACCGGCUCCCCAGUUUGAAAGUGCCAAAGGAGUGACUCUCUUCCCUGACAUCAGAAUCGUUAGCACUGUCACCAAAAUGGAAGAGCACGUGGCUUCAAAGGAGGAUGGUGGAGCAGCUAAGCCUACUGGAGUAGAGGAAAUGCUUCACAACUUGGACUUCUGUGAUAUCCUGGUCCUUGGAAACCAACUAGACCCAGCCCAAGAGUGCUUGGAACUAGACUACAGCGAGCUGCAUAUGAAGCAUCUAGACGCCACAAACUCUACCUCAGGCUAUUCCAUAUACGGUGUGGGCACAAUGAAAAACUACGAACAGGUUCUGCACCAAGUUCGGUAUCGCAAUUGGCACACAGAGACCCUCUCUGAUAGAAAGUUUAGGAUCAAGUGUUCUGAGCUCAAUGGACGAUACACUAGCAAUGAAUUCAGCCUGGAGGUGAACAUUCUGCACAAUGCUAAUUCUAAAGAUGAAGAGCACGCAAACCAUAUGGCAGUGCAGCCUGAAUUUCUUCAAGCUGUCCAUCUCCCAGAGCCAAGUAUCCACAAUCCACAGAGAUCAGUCAUUCCCAGUAUUGCGACUGUGGUAAUCAUCAUCUGUGUCAGCAUACUGAUCUUCAUUGUGGCACUCGGGGUCUUCCGAAUCCACUUGGCCCGCCAACACUGCUCUGAGGAAGGGGAAGUGACUAAAGAAAAUGAAAUGGACUGGGAUGACUCCGCACUGACCAUUACCGUCAACCCAAUGGAGAAAUAUGAAGAGCCCGGUCAGCUGGAAGAUGAAAGUGAGGAAGAGGAGGACGAGGAAGCGGAUGAUGAUGACGACGAAGAAACCACCAGCGCGGACUCAGAUGGAAGCGAAGAGGAGGAGGAGGAAGACCCUGCAAUUGGGAGAGCUAAACCUAACGGCACCAGGCAAGAGCAGCUGGAGUGGGAUGAUUCGACGCUCCCAUAUUAGAGUGCUCAGGCCUCCCGGGCUCCUUUUGUAAACACCAAUACAAUGUAUUUCUGAGUCUAGUUAAACUGAGACUAUGAGUUAGAUGACAGGAUUUGGAUUUGAUUGCCUAGUGGAGCUACUUGUAAUUGUCACUUUUCUCACCGUUAGUUGAUAAAUCCCAAUGAGAUGCUGCCCUGGCAACUUGGGGUCCAAUACACACAUUAGCUUUCUCUCCCAGACCCAGUUUCCACUCACCGUAGGCGAAGAGUCCUGUCAUUCAACCCAUAGAGUUUGGCCUUUGCUAUUUUUUCACAUUGGAGGAUUUCAGCUUGUGAUGUUCCUUGUUUCUGUGGGUCCGAAUGAUGAGGUAGCCCUUUGGUUUCACUUUACUCUGUGUCUAAUUUCACGUUCAACAAAAACGCAGAGGCUUAUUUUUAUGGUGACGAAGAUGAACUUCUUUCCAUUGCCUUUUCGUACCUCCUUGAAGGUCAUCUUAAUGGAAACCAGAAGUGUUGAUCUCGGUCUCGGUUUGAAAGUCGAAUCCUCGGCCAAUCCACCCCGAUGGCUGUUAUGCGAUGGCUUUAUGUAACCUCCGUUGGCCUAUUGCUCCUUCCUUUGCACAUCAGUUGAGAUGUGGUAGUGGAAAUUCAGAUUCCAGUCCCGGGUAGGCCAAAUUGCAGCAGAUAAGCACUCUCUGAUUCACAUGCUCAGCUGUUACCAUGCUGCAGUAACAGGAAACCAUUGAUUCCGUACAUCAGAAUUGCACGGGGCUAUAAUCUAGACAAGUAUUGAAACAUGAAAACAAAGUACAGAUGAGGGAAAAGAUUUCAUUUGGCUGGUAGAAGGGCUGAUUACAUGACAGCAACUAGAAUUUGUGUCAAAGCUCAGCCCGGGAAAUGUGAUCUGCUUCCAUUUUUGCUGUUAUCCUAUCAGCUUGCUGGUGGCACAUAUAAGUUUUUAAAGCAUUAUCUCCUUUGCAUCAGUGCCCUCCUGUCAUCAUUUCCUCUUUCUUGAACAAAGUCUUUCAUUCUGAAAGGAUUCUGUAAUAAUAUUAGGAUAAAGCUCAAGCAGAAUGUGAAGAUGAAAAUUCCGGGAGUGGGUGGGAAAAAAUGUGGUAACAUCUCAUGUUUAUUCACUCUGAAAACAAGGAUUAGGAAAAAGGGGUAGGAAGAGAGAACAUGUCUAUGAGCCAUGAUAAGACUGUUUAUUUUUAAUGUAAGAGAGUCUUUUGUAUCUCCAAAUAACAGAGAUACCAAACAAAGUAGCUGUUGCUACGGAAACUCCUCCGUUCCUCUUAGUAGUCUGCAGAAUAGCAAGUGAGAAACUGAACUCUUGUGACAAUGUGUAAACCACACGUAAACUUUUCCUUUUGUGUUGCCACACUACUUUGGGUUCUACCAUGCAUUUUCUGUUUGUCCUUUCCCACUUCUCAACCCCUGAACCCAACAGGGAUCGCCUAUACUCUUGCCUUGGUACACACUGGUGACAGGUUUGAUUUCAAGGUUUCCAUAGGGAAAGCCUCCGAACCCCUAGUGAGAAUCCUCUAAUUGUCCCCAUGCAAGGCUAGGAUCACUAAUUAAUGUGAAGACUCUGAUAGCAGGUGGUAGGCAGGCCCCACUGUGGUUUCCAAAGGCUUUCCAACCACAAUACUUAAAGAAAACAAUAAACAUUGCAUUUUUCUUAACCUUUUAGAGCAAAGCUAUUGGAAGACAGGUAGGAGUGUCUGUCUGAAGCAGGCCCUUCUACAGGAAAUGCUAGCACCAAACAACCGCUUUGAUCAGCCAAAAUCAUCCUUGGCUAGCCUAGUCAUUCAUACGGUUUUACUGCAGUCUGUUUUCAGUUGCUCUGCCCAGUCCUGGACACUCUUAUUCCUGGAAUUUUUAUUUUAAACUGCCAUUCUGCCUCCAUCACAGUUCCUGCACUGAGCCUCAUGUUUCAGAAGCAGCCCCUGUGUUUAUGGGAACACGAGAAGGUAAGGCAGUGGCUCAGAAGUGAGGUGGAUGAGGGGGGUGGGGGAGGAAAAGGGCAGGGUUUUCCCUGGUGACAUGUCCUGGAGAUUUCCACAAAAAAAUUAUCUCAUUUUUUUUUGAUGCUAUCACAUCAUUUACUUCCAGGUGGCAAAAGGGGUGUCCAGCAUUGCUUUGCACAUAAUAAGUACUUGAUAAAUGCAAUUGAAUGAAUGAAUUUCUGAGUGUUUUCGCUUGGCCCCACGGUCCUUGGCCAAUUUGUCCAUAAUAGUUGGUCCAUAAUAGUUGGAAGUAACAGAGUUUUUCAAUUGGGUAGUUAAGGAAAAAAAAAGACACCCAUACUUUAGAGGUGAAAAUUUAGUUGAACAAGACAUGCAAGAUGCUUUCUAAAUAGCCUUUGUCCUUGCACUGUGCUCUUUGAAGGUUUUGUUUGCAGACAAAAAUGAUCUGCUGCCAUUCAGUUUGUCUCUGAUGGUUGUAUUUAUACCUAGAUGUUUAUGUUUGAACAUUUGGAAGUACUUAUACUUUGGAACAGAAUCAUAAAAAUAGUGAUGAUGGAUCAGUUGAUGUAGUUUUCUGUAAAUAGAUCUACAAUAAUUUGCAAAGGAAUGAUGAUGAUAGAAAGCACUCUCUCUCAAGGUUGGUUCUCUGCCCACUGGCAUAAAGCAAUGGAGAUUUCAUUUAGCUUAAGCUGGCUGUUCUAUAAAAGCAACAUUCACUCAAUUCUUCAAAGCAGCUCUUCAAACAAGUUAGUUGCCAAGGGUUAUUCUUAAAGUUUUCUCACUUUGAUAUUUAAUGAUUUUCUCAGAACCACUCGGCUUCUUAGUGAGGGGAAGGGGAGAAACUGCGUUUCAUAACAUCUGUAUUUUCAGCUCAGACGUCCUCAGAGAAAAUCAUUAAGAUGUCCUUCUGGAAAACAGAUCUCCUUUCUUUUGUACAUUGAAAUUUUCAGAGGAAAUAGCUAGGAUAUAUAUAUAUAAGGAAAUGGAAUUUGGUUGCCAGGGUUAGGUUGGACACUGCCCAUUUGCUCAUUAUGAUCUAAUGCUCUGGAUUUAAGGGUGGGCCUUCCAAAUCUGAUAUGGGCCCAGAAAUGAAAUCUCCAUUUUUCAAGAAUGAAGGAUGUUAUAUUGGGCAUGUCAGUCCAGGGCCCUGUUAGAUCAAUGAGGCUGUAUAAUUGGCUCUAGCUGAUCUCUGUGGUACUCCUUUCCGGUGACUGAAAUUUUUAACUCCACCCCGAUGGUUUUUUGGGGAAGCAAAACUGUAACAAAUAUGUGUGUCCUUCAGCAGCAAAUCAGGCACUGCAGACCAAAUUCCAAGCAUCGUUAUAAACCCAGAGACCAAUGUUUUAGUAACAGUAGUUGGAGAGCUAAGCUGUGGUCAGAAUCCCCAAAUUACACUGGUCUAUAUUAACUGUCAGUAAUAAUAAUAAUGGCAUUUGUUAAGCACUUACUAUGUGCAAA